AUGUCGCUCGCCAUCGACCGCGCCGAGCGCGACGCCGCCAGCGCCGCGCAGCUGAGCAAGCGCGCGAGAGCGCUCGCCGGCCGCAUCCGCACGUCUCAGACUCACGACCGGCUGCCGUCUGCGCCACCGCCGCAGCAGCAGGGCUUCACGAUCGGCGCUGCGCUCUCGCUCGACUCGUGGACCCUCGCCCAAUCCUCUGCGCCGGGGCUGCGGGUCGCCACCUCGCCAUCGUCGCUGCUGCUCGCCGAGUCGCGAGGAUUCCUCGUGCUCGAGCCGGCGGCAGAGGCGCGGGCGGCGGCGCUGGGCGACUACCGUCAGCUCAACGCGGCGGGCGCCGGCGUCAAGACGUUCGAGGACCUCGCCUUUCGCUCGUUUGGCCUCCUUGGCCGCCGUGUGCUCGAGUCGACCGUCGUGCUGCUGCAGCUCGGGGUGGUGACGGUGCUCUCCUCCGCGGCGUGCGCCAUCGACGCGGCGCCGGUGCAGGUACGCGAGAUCGCCUCGCUGAUGCCUCUCUCCUUGCCGGGCAACGUCGCCAUCCUCGCCGCCGUCGUCGGCGCCUCCAGCCGCGCUCGCCCCGCUCCUCCUCUGAUGAGCUCCGUCGGCUGCGCGGUGUCGCUCCUCUUCGCAGCGGCGGACGGCGGCGCCGCCGCGAACGGCACCGCGACAACGCUCAGCGGCGGCGGGGAGGGCGGCGGGGAGGGCGGGGCUGAGGGCGGCGGGAUCGCUUUGGUGUUGCCCAUCGAGAACGCGCUCUCCGCGUCGGCCGCGAGCGGGAGCCGCUGCUUCCGCUACGAGGAGCUCAUCGUCGUGGCAAUGCUCUUCGUCGUCUUCCUCUUUGCUUGCGCCCUCUGUGGCCUUGCCUUCCCAGACACCGGGGGCUCCAUCGUCGCCUACCUGGCGCUGCUGUACCCCUCCUCUUCCGCCAUGCAGCUGCUCAACGCCGCCGUCGCCGCCGCCGCGGCAUGCUGCGCCUCCUCCUCCUUCGCCGCCUCCGCCGCCGUCCGCUCCGCCAUCGUGCUCGGCGGCGCCCUCGUGACGGUCGUCCUCCCCGACGUCGGGCUGCUCGUCGCCCUGGUCGGCGCCUUCACCACCACCACGAUCGCCGCCUUCCCCUUCCUGAUGCAGCUGCGGCUCGCGGCGGCAGGCGCCGUGCCGCCGCUCGGUUUCGGCCGCACACUCAUGGCGGUGUGGAUGGUCGCCUUCAGCGGGAUGGUGAUGGUGCUGGGCACCUACACCGCCCUCGGCGCCGUCUGUGGCCGUGGCGAGCCCUUGGAGUGA